AAAUCGUGCAUCACAUACACUCACACACCCCACGUUCCCACUUCUCACUCCACCCAUACGUGUGGGUAGAUGUACUCACUCGCAUGUUUUUAUGUCCGUGUUGGAAACUCAGAAGUUGUUUCUGAAGACAGAGAGGAGAAGUUAAGACUGUCCUUUUCUGGUCACCAUGGUAGGGUGGAUCAAACUCCUGCUUCUGGCUCUGUACCUGUCCGCCAUGUUGGCGAUGUCAGACUGCGCGUGUCCCAAGGGAUUUAAUUUGGUGAAAGGCAAAUGCAAUGACGAAGACGAGUGCAAUGAGGACUAUCCUGAAGGCAUGGGGCUUUGCGGAAAGAAUGCAUUUUGUGUCAACACCAUUGGCAGCUUCAACUGCAUGUGUGAAAAAGGAUUUCAAACCAAUGAGAGGUCCACCAAUUUUACUGCCGAGUCAUCUUUAACAUGUGAAGAUAUCAAUGAAUGCUUGGAGGACAAAGAAAUCUGUGGAUCGCGACCUUGUAUUAACACCAGUCCAAUGUACUACUGUGGUUGCAAUGAGGGAUUUGUUGUCAAUGUCAAUUCUGACUGCAAUGAUGUGAAUGAGUGUCUGGAGGAAAAUAUCUGCGGGCCCAAUGCGACGUGCAUCAACACGGCCGGCAGUUAUGACUGCGUCAGCAAAGCCGGCUUCGCAAUCAAGUCUGGCGGAAACAACUUCACGUUACCUCAAGAGCCCCGUGCAGCUGUAUGUUCAAAUGAUGAGACAAACCACUGUGGAAAUGGAACCUGCCACAUUGGAACCAGUGGCCCUUACUGUGCGUGCCAUGAUGGGUUUACCAAUUACGGAAACAAAGCCGCUCGUUGCACAGCAUUAGACUGUGAUGCAUUCAAAGACACAUGGGAUCUAAAAGAGAAUGUUGCCAUUGCGAAUCAUCUUCUGAUAACGCUGAAGCAAAAGUGUGAGGACCUGAUCAAGGGUGCGGAUCCAGAAGACUUCGAUGACCCCGACCUGCUUUGGAGACUUUUGCUGAUCAUUGAUCAACUCUUGUUCACUGGCGCUCUGAAAGAAAACAGGAAAGUGUCCAAAUUUCUGAACUUGGUGGAGAGUGCGUUGAAUCUGAUAGCACCUUUUAUUGACGCAGGCAGAAUAAGGAGAUCACACGAAUAUUCGGAAUUGGAUCUCCUUAACUACAAAGGAGCCAUGCCACCUCAAGGAGUCGCGAUAUUAUCAACUAAGCCAGUUACGUUGAAUAUCACGUUGGAAACAGUUUCUGGCGAUCCUUCCCUGUAUCCAGGCUUCGCAAGCGUGUCCUUGCUCAGCUAUGCAAACCUAGAAACCUUCACCGAUGGCUUCUUCAGCGGGAUGAAUUCGCAGGCCAACGAAAGCUUCGUCAUCAACUCCAAAGUAGUCACCGUCUCUGUUACGAACACCAACACCAGUCACCUGGAGGAGCCAGUCAUUCUAACUUUUAGCCACUUGACACGGGGAAACGGCCGUCUGCAUUGGUGUGUGUUCUGGAACGCUUCCCAUGGGAACGGGAGCUGGUCUGCCGACGGCUGCACGGCGGUGGAGUCCAACUCUGAAUUCACAGUGUGCUACUGCAACCACUUGAGCACCUUUGCUGUGCUCAUGGCCCUCUACGAUGUGGAGGCGACGUUUGAAUUGCAGGUCGCGACCUGGGUCGGAUUGUCCCUGUCGCUAAUUUGCCUGCUCAUCUGCAUCCUGACCUUUUCGCUCAUCCGCUCCAUCCAAAGCCCCCGGACCACCAUCCACUUGCACCUGUGCAUCAGCCUCUUUGUCGCCGCCCUCAUCUUUCUUGUAGGGAUUUCUCGUACAGAGAACCAAAAUACCUGCGCAGUGAUUGCCGGCCUGCUUCAUUAUUUCUUCUUGGCCGCGUUUUGCUGGAUGUGUCUGGAAGGCGUGCAGCUCUUUCGGAUGGUUAUUCUCGUGUUCAAUACCAAUUUCCGGACCCUCUAUAUGAUGGCGGCCGGCUACGGUGUCCCGGCUGUGAUCGUCGCCAUCUCUGCUUUGAUCAAUCCCAAAGGAUACGGCACCCAGCAAUAUUGUUGGUUAAAUGUGGACUUCAUCUGGAGUUUUUUGGGCCCGGUUUGCGUCGUCAUUGCCGUCAACAUUUUCUUCUUUCUGAUCACGGCGUGGAAGUUGGCGCAGAAAUUCUCAAGUCUGAACCCUGACCUAAACACCUUACAGAAAAUAAAAGCGUUCACCAUCACAGCAGUGGCCCAGCUUUGCGUGCUUGGCACCACGUGGAUUUUUGGCUGCUUCCAAUUUGAAAAGAGCACCAUGGUCAUGUCUUACCUGUUCACCAUCUUCGCCAGCCUCCAGGGCCUUAUGCUGUUUGUGAUGCACUGUCUGUUCUCCAAGCAGGUGAGGGACGAGUAUGGAAACCUCCUGUCCAGAUUCAAUGCACCGCCGAAGAAAAGCUACUCUGAAUUCAGCUUGUUUCCCAGCAAACAACAUGCAUCCAAGAGCAGCCAGGACACAGGAGAGUCGCACAUCUGAGGAGAUAAACUCUUGAUUUCUUGGUCGCGUGUACUCCACCAGCACUGGCCAGCCAUUUGUCGACAGUUCAAACGUGGUAUUCUUCUCUAUGAAUAUGCGGCGGCAUUCUAAGCAACUGACAUGGAAAUGUUGAGCAAUAGAAUGUCAUUUAAAUUCAAUAUUCUGUUGGCUACAUGAAGAAAAAUACGAUCUGUUAAAAUGAGCUACUUCCGGGCUAUAUGUGCAAUAUGCACAUUUCUCACUUGAAUGUGUAAAAUUGGACUUCACAUUAAAAACCUGUUCUAUCAGGUGCACCAAUUCAGGUACUGUGUCUAACUACCCCAAACAAUCUAAAAAUGUAUGUAUAAACGUAUAUAUAUUUUUUUCUGUAUGUCAGACUUAUUACGCUGUGUGAAUAUUGGCCCAAAAAAAUGAAAGACAAGUUGUAGAGAUUUACAUCAAUUCUUCAAAUCAUCAAUUCUGCAAUUCACUGUGUAUUGUCAAUUGUGUUUUCCUACUCCACCUGUUGCGCUGAGAUGUACUGUAUAUUUGUGUUUGUUUGAUACAUUUUCAUUAUUUACAA